GCACAUGACCUGUGUCCUGUGAUGCCGUAUCUCCACUGAAAGAUGUAUAAAGCUGCUGCCCAUAGCAGUUUGUUUACCAUUAAACAGAUCUGUCCAGCCUUCCCAAGUCAUCAUGCAUCUGACCCGCUGGCUCAUCCUUGGCACAGUCAUUUUGGGAAUGGUGGUACUCUGCAAUGCUGGACCCUUUCAUGCUGAAUGCAGAGUGCAAUGGUACUUUGGCAUACCUUGUAGAUGGGUAUAUGAAGCUUUGGUCUCUCAGAUUAAGAAGUGGAGGACGAUGUCAGGCUGCACCAUGGGAGGACAGAGGUGCUUGUAUAAGCUCCAGUCAGCCUCAUCCCACUUCAUCACAGCCAAACACACGACACCAAUGAAAAGCCAUGUUGAUGACAUCACCUUCCACUUGAUUUCCUUUGGUCUCUUCUCUCACUGUAGUGUUUCUGGAAUGUCAGUCGCAGAGUCUUGGUAUGCCAUCAAAGACCACGGGGUGAACUAUUGUAACCUCUACAACCUAAUGGACGGAAGUGGACUGACGCAGGCCCGAGGAUACAAAGAGAUCACCAGUUACUUCAUGUGUACCCAGCGCUCCUCUGCUAACUGCACGUUGUACUGAGGGGGAACCGAGGCAGGGAUCAGCCAAUGAGACGGCAUGACUGUACGCAGACCAAUAUUAUUGCUUUCUUCUCUCAAGUCUUGCUGGUUUGCAUUCAAUAACACCUGUACUCCAGUGUUUUUUUUAUUGUUUCAUUUAUAUAUGUUUGUAGUUUUACUUUUACCUCUAGGUAGAAUUUUGCUGCUUUAUGUUGAGGAAAGAUAUAAUUAGUACUAACUGUGUACAAACCAGGUCCCUAAGCAAGGAUAUCUGCACUGAUUUCCAUAUAUACUUUUGUAUCUCUUAUGAUUCCUUUUAUUGACUCAGACCAGAUAAAGAGUUAAAUGUUUUGUCAUCAGUCUUUUACUCCAAACAUAGAGGAAAAGAAUUAAACAAAUCCAGCUCUCACUAUUUUUAAAGUGAGAUGCCAUCUUGUUGGGGACAUCGUUCUUUUUGACAGAUAAACUGCUUUUUUACUCUUAAAAGCUGCAAUGCUUUGGAGAAAACACUCUCAGCUAUGUGAAUUGCUGGCCAGAUUUUAUUAGGAGCGCAAUAUGCUCGGCUGGACAUCGCCAUCCAUCACCUCAAAGUGUGUCUUGUCGUGGGGAGACCGCUGGCCAUAGGAAUCCACGUUUACCUGCACCUCACAACUAAUCAUAACUACUGGUCGCCACUAGGGGGCAGUGUGUGACAGCGUCUUUGCUGUCUUAUUAAAGUCAAAGCAAUUUCAGUCUGUUGUAGAGCGAAUGUUGCGCAGCGCCGGCUCAGUUCAGAUUUAAAACAUUUACGUUUAUGGGGCUUUUCAGACUCCAAGGAAUUCCCCCUGUUAUAAAUAUGUCCAGGGCUCUAAGCAGGGUUAGUGCCGCUAUCAGAUUUGGAGCUUCAUCUGGGAAAGUCUCAAAAAUGUUGAGAGCCUUCCAGACUUGCCUGUGUCAGAAGCAAGACAGGUCAUGACCUUAGCCUCUUUGUGUGUGUGUGUGUGUG